UUAUGCGUAAACAUAACAAAUAUUUUUUUUUUUUCGUCGAGCACCACGUGUUUUUUUAUUUUGAUUUUUAAAUAUCAAAAAAGAUUUUCUUAAAAAUGUUUAAAAAUCGCCCGUUAUUGGAUAAAGAUUUAUUGAAAAAACGUAAAAAAUUAAAGAAAAAAUUAUCAAAAUUAAAUCGACAAAAAUAUCGUAAUAUUGAUGGUAAUGAUGAUGAUGAAAAAUUGAAAAAUGAAAAGAAAAACAUCAUCAAUAACGAAGAAAAAUUAUUAGAAGAUAUUGUUUUCAAUACAAAUGCAUCAAUAUUGAAUCGUAUCGAUCGUAAUGUUGAUCUUAUUUCCAUAGAUCUUGACGAAAAUCCUACCAAUAAUGUUGAUAAUAAUGAUGAUAAUAAUUUGCCAAACAAUUUAUUCAUUGUAGAUAAACAUGGUGAUGAUCGUAAUAUUGAUUUUGAUGAUGAUGAUGAUGAUGGUCAUGAUAAAAAUGUUACCGAUAUCGUCGAUGAUGGCCAUAAACAACAACGUGAAGAAUCGAUGCCAGUUGACGAUGAUGAUGAUCGAAUGGCACAACGAUUCAAAACAGAAUUGUUUGAAAAAUUACAUGGUGAUGGUGGUAAACAAAAUGAUCAAUCAAAAACCAAACAAGUUUGGUUUGAUGAUGAUGAUGAAAUUGAUGUAUCCAUAGCAUUGGAUGAUUGUAAAAAAUUACCAAAAUCAGUAAAAUCUCAAGAUAAAUAUCGUCAAUAUUUGGAACGAAAAUUUACUGAAAUUUAUGAACCACCAAAUUGGGCACAAUCAAAAACAUUGGAAAAUAAACGAAAAUCACGUCAACACAAAGAUCAAGACACUGAUGACAGUGACGAUGAUAAUGAAAUUCAAGUUGAACAAAUUGCCUAUGGUAACCUGAAAAGACCAAAUCAAAUUCAUCAAUUGAAUAAAGAAUUUUUACGAGUGAAAAAAUGUCCACAUCUAAAUCAAUCAAGUCGUAUUCGUACACCAUUAAAUUGUUUACAAUUUCAUCGAAAUUCUACUGUUGCAAUGAUUGGAUCAUCAAUUGGUUUGAUUCGUUUGUUUCAAGUUGAUGGAAAAUUAAAUUCCAUUAUACAAUCUAUUUAUUUUCAAGGUUAUCGUUUAACGGAUGCAAGAUUUAUAUCCCUAAAUGGUCGUGAAGAAAUUCUUGUUGGAUCGGAUGGUAUGAAUACAAAAUGUCAUGGUUUUUGUUAUUAUUAUGAUAUGUUAGUGGGAAAAAUUCUACGAAUCCCGCUAACAAAAGGUGGUAAACACCGAUAUUCAUUACGUAAAUUUCAAAUAUCACCAAAUAAUCAAUUUAUAGCUGCAUGUGAUGAUAAUGGUAAUAUAAAUUUAUUAUCAUCAACAACAAAAGAAUUAAUCAGUGAAAUGAAAAUCAAUGGUAAUGUUAAUUGUUUAUCAUUUAGUCCGGAUUCAAAUUAUCUGAUUGCACAUGGUGAACAAACUGGUGGCCAGGCAUUUAUAUUCGAUAUCCGACAAUCAAAUAAACAAUGUAUUAAUCGUUUUAAUGAUUUGGAUACAAUAUCGGCUACAUCAAUGGAUUUAAGUCCAACUGGAAACCUGUUAGCAAUUGGUUCAAAUAUGGGCGUUAUAAAUCUAUAUCAAUUCAAUGAUGUUAUCAAACAAACAAAUCCUAAACCGAUAAAAUCCGUUAUGAAUCUAACAACUGCUAUAACAUCCGUAAGAUUUAAUCAUGAUGGACAAUUAUUAUUAUUCGCAUCGAAUCAGAAAAAUGAUUCAAUCAGAUUUUUGAAUACAAAUUCAAUGACUGUUUAUAAAAAUUUUCCAUUAUUUGUUGGUGGUAAUAGUGGCCGAACUUAUGGCAGAAUUUUUGAUUUAGAUUUUUCACCACAUAGUGGUUAUGCAUCAUUUGUAACCGGUCAUGGUACUGGUCAUUUAUUUCGUAUCAAUGAAUAUUCUAAUUAUUGAUUUGAUUUUGAAAAGAAAAUUUAAAAAAAAAUGAAACUUUAUUUGGUAAAUCAAUGAUGAA